AUGGCCGCUGGAGCGUUCAUUGGGUCUGGACUGCAGGAGAGGGAGCGGACACUGAGGAAAGCCGGUGUGGGCAGGCAGCCUGCCGGUGACGGCGGCACACACAACCCGUCCAGCGGCGGCUCCGGGAGCUCCAGCGAGUCCGAGAGCAGCUCUGAGUCCGACUCCGACAGCGAGAGCAGCUCCAGUGACAGCGAGUGCAACGAGGAGUCGCGCAGUGCCACGCCGGAGCCUGAACCUCCCUCAACAAACAAAUGGCAGCUGGAUAAAUGGCUAAAUAAAGUGAACCCCCACAAUAAGACCAUCAUCAACAAUCAAAAUGAGCCUCACAGCGAGACCAGCUCCCAGGCCCAGAGCAACCAGCAGGCCGAAGGGCCAAACAAAGGGAAGCUCAACAGCAGCCUCCCCCCGACCGAUUCCAAAGACCGGGCGAUCCUUAGUCCCAUCCGAGAGAAAGCCAAACCGCGGGUUGCCCAGAAAACCCCAGAGGCAAAAAGCUCCAAGCAGAAGUCACCAGCUCAUAACGAGCCAACUUCACAAAGGACUACUGGGAAAAAGCAACCCAAAAAGGUAGAAAGGACUUCCAGUGUAGAAGAGUAUAACUGGCCCAAACCAAAUAAUACCAGCAACACUCCCAAAGAAAAAGACACACAGGACCCCCCCGAGCAGCCAAAGGUUCGAACUAAAGCAGCAGUUGGGAAGACCGCUCCAAGGAAAGAACCACGAACUAGCACAGGUCUCACUUCAGAGAAGAAAAAGUAUAGAGGCCCCAGCAAAAUUGUCCCUAAGUCCCGGGAAUUCAUUGAAACGGAUUCAUCUACUUCUGACUCAAAUACAGACCAGGAGGAGAGCUUGCAGGCUAAGGUAUUGCCAGCUUGCACUGGCUCUGGCAAUGGCGUCAAAGUGAAGGACUCUGGCAGUAACAUCCUCAGCGUAAGUAGUUUAACUAGCAAUGGCAGCAACACAUCCAUUGACCAGACCAGCAAUGACUUGGAGGAGCAGCUCUUUUCUCCUAUCCCAAUCGUACAAAAUGAUCUUCUGUCCCCACUGAGAGAAUAUGAAGAACUCAAAUCUCUGUGGGUGAAAAUAGACCUUAGUUUACUCUCUAGGAUACCUGGACAAGAGCCUUUUGAGGCCUCGUCUGUGAAAAGUGAACCAAGAGAGACAAAUGUGAAACACAGGCGACCAUCUCGAGAGUCCCCUACCCCAGCAGCUGAAAAACCAUCCACAAAAUCCAAAAGGAAACACAAGCAGCUGGAAAACCUGGAUACCUUUGUUGAAAGCAAGAAGCAGCGCCUGGAGGACCCUUCAGCUUCAUGCCUGCUCCCACCUUGUAUCUCUCCAAUACCGAAUCACAGAUUAACCAGCACUAAAGACGGUAGCUCAGUGAAGAAGGUGGCAAAGAAAAGAGAAGAGAAGCUGUUUCCUCCUCCAUUAUCCCCCCUCUUGGACGAGCCUGUGCACCGGCGGCACAGCAGUGACAACAGCUCCUUCAGCCAAGAGACCAACAUCACAAACACCUCUCAGACCAGCAGCUCUUCCUCCUCUGUUUCUAAACACAGAAAGAAUGAAAAUAAAUCCUCUUCUAAUCCCAAAGGAAUCUGUGAGGAAGAAUCUCACAAUACACCAACAGCCAACACCCUUCUUGACACCAGCCAUCUAGAAACAGACAUCUGGUCUGCAAUGCCAACGCUUUCCAAUGGGAAUUCUGAGCCCAGAAGACCCAAAAUAACAUUUGAUGAUGUGCUUCACAAUGCGGAUUAUUACAUGCAAGAGGCUAAGAAGCUAAAGCAUAAAGCAGAUGCUCUGCUGGAGAAGUUUGGCAAAGCAGUGAAUUACGCUGAUGCUGCCCUCUCCUUCAUCGAGUGCGGGAACGCUAUGGAGCGAGAUCCAUUAGAAGCUAAAUCUCCAUACACCAUGUACUCGGAGACUGUGGAACUCAUCAGGUAUGCAAUGAGACUCAAGAAUUUCACAGGCUCUUCUGCCACGGAAGGGGACAAGAAAUUAGCAGUUUUAUGCUACCGAUGCUUAUCACUUCUCUACUUGAGAAUGUUUAAACUAAAGAAGGACCAUGCUAUGAAGUACUCCAGAUCUCUGAUGGAAUAUUUUAAGCAGAACUCCUCAAAAGCCUCACAGGCCCCCUCACCUUGGGGCGGCAAUGGAAAGAGCACAGAAACGCCAUCGCCCAUGUCCCUGAGCCCGUCCCCUGUCAGCUCUGCUGGAAGCAGCACGGGCACCGCCGGCUCCUCCUUGGCGGGGACCAUCACCAUCCCUCAGCGCAUCCACCACAUGGCUGCCAGCCACGUCAACAUCACCAACAACGUCCUGCGGAGCUACGAGCACUGGGACAUGGCUGACAAGCUGACUAAGGAGAACAAAGAAUUCUUUGUAGACCUGGACUCAGUGAUGGGACCCUUAACACAACACAGCAGUAUGACCAAUCUGGUUCGUUACGUUCGCCAAGGACUCCACUGGCUCCGCAUUGAGGCUCAUUUGUUGUAGUGACUGCUGCCCUGUUCAUAACAUCCCCAUUCUUCUACCUCUACCAGCGCAGAGACGAUCACUGGUGGAACUCCACUCAUUUCUGGAAGUUUAUUCAUGUAACUUCAUUUUUAUUGCCUUUUUUAAUAUCCUAUCUAUUGGAAGUAGAAGUCACCAUAAAUGGAACUUAUGACUCAAGAGCAGUAUGUGUUGUAUCAUCUAAUCAUUUUCGACAAUUUUCUAUGCCUUGUGUCUCCUGGAUCCUGCCAUCCUUAUGUGCUUUAUGGAACGGUACAUUCCCUGCAGUAUUGUUUUAAGUCCAUGCUGCCUUCAAGUGAAAACAAAAAAGCACUUUGAGAAGAUAUGGAUUCCUGAGAAAUAGUACAAAGCGUCUUAAAUAUUUGAGGGUAUAUAUGAGAAGUCCCUUCUGAAAUAAAUUAGUAGAAGUUAUAGCUAUUCGUUGAAAAUCGUCUUCUGAACCUGAACCAAGCUUUUCGACGCUUAAUUCUGGCAUCAUUACCUGACACAGUACAUUCCUAAGAUUCAUACUUCCUAUAGGCUUAAUCUCUAAAAGAGAACAUUGAAUAUCUUGCAGGUACAUAACGUAAGAUCACCAAAGGUGUUAAGAGGUAAAAGGUUGAAGGAACGCCUCAUUAAAGAAUGAUGACACACUAUGCAAUGAGGUUUUGAUAUUCCAUUCUUCCUGUUUAUUGUUGGCUUAAUAAUUUCAGUAGGCAGCAGAAUUUAUUGCAGUUUUUAGCCAAUUUCAAAAUAUUAGCUUUCAUACUCUUAUCUACCAUUCCUAUACUAAAUCUGUGAAUUUUCUUUCAGUUUUACUGUUUAGUCUCAAGCAAAUACUCAUCCAACAUUUUUCUUCGUAGAACAAUCUCUCCUUGCAUAGUGAUUCAGUGAAAGCAGAUUUUAACAGGACCGCUACAUUCUAAGCAUUGAUAUUGUAUGUAAAAGUCCAUUAAUAAGUGUAUGCAGAUUCUUCAUGAAACUCUCUAGAAGUUUAACUAACCAGCUACUGUUGAAACAUUAUAAUUCCAUGUGGCAUCAAUUUUCACCUGUUUUGUUCAUUUCAGAGCGUUAGAAACGAACAGUAUUAUCUUGCUAUCUUGAAAACAAUGUCAAAUUAAAUAAAAUCACCAGAUUUACCCAAAAGCAAUAUAACAUUUGUUUAAUAAUGGCCAUGAAUACUUCAGUCAGAUUACCUAUUUUCCAAGCUCUGCAUCUGUUUACCCAUGCUGUCAUGUUUUGGACCAUUCCUCUAACGCGUGAAUAAUAAUGAGAC